AAAAAUUAACAAAACAACGAUAUUCUUUUAAAAACAUGAUGGAAAACCAAACUUCCUCCUCUGCUUUAUUCUCAACAUCUUCCACUUCUAAUCUCGAGAAUGGAAAUUGUGCUGCGGAAAGUCGAGUUCCGGCUUCUUCUGUUUUAUCAUUCUCUUCUACUACCUCUUCUGCUGAUAUUUGUGUAGAUGAUGACAACAACGCUGAUGGAACUCGGGAUACGUCAAGUUCUUUGAAAAGGCCGCUUGACGAACAAGAAUUGUGUUCUGUGUGUAAUGAUACGGCAACCGGAUAUCAUUAUGGAACUCCUUCCUGCAACGGCUGUAAAACAUUCUUCCGCCGAACUGUGAUGAAAAAGCAAGUAUUUCAAUGCCAAUUUGAUGGAAAUUGUCCUGUGGAUAAAAAUGUUCGUUGCGCUUGUCGACAUUGCCGAUUUAAAAAAUGUUUAGAGGCGGGAAUGAGCAAAGAAUCUAUACAAAAUAAUCGGGAUCCAAUUGGAUACACUAAAAGGACACGAAGAAUACUCAACCAAUUUCCCCCAUUUUCUGAAGAAGCUUCCUCCUCCACAGGGAUAACUGCAGACACUCCAACAAAUUCUUUAGUUCCUAGUAAUGCUAUGCCUUCAUUUACUUCUUCGUCUCAAACUUCCUUCAAUCCUUUUUUAAAUCCAAUACCCAACGUAUCAAGCAAUAAUAACACUCAAGUAAAUAGACCGCAAACUAGUAGUAGUACUAUUUCCCAACAACAAACAAAUGAUGUUGAGCAUGUGCAAGAAGAUUUAUUAAAUAGUAAAUUAAAUGUCCAAAAGUCUCUUAACGACCUUCUUUUAAAUUCCUCAAUAUUUGAAGACCAAAUUGCAAUUAAAAAAUUGGCUGCAGAAGUUCUUCAAAUGCCUAGUGCAUUAAAGAGAGCAGACCAGAAAGAUCAUUUAUUCUGGCAUGAGCGUGAUUGGUUUAUUAUGAUUGAAUGGGCUAAAAUGCUUCCAAUUUAUCAAAAUUUGGAUUUAAAAGAUAAAUUGUCUCUGCUCAGGCAUUCAGCUAUCACUUUCCCUUCAUUAGUUCAAUGUUUUUACACCCCAGAUGUCGGUCCAGACACUAUAGUAUUUCCGGAUGGUACAUUUUUUGAUAGAACAAUGAAUUCUGACAAGUCAUUAGGUUUUCAACGUAAAAAUUUCAAAAUGUUAGAUAAUUUAUUAGAACCAAUUAGAAGGAUUAAAAUUGAUCAGAACGAAUUUGCUGGAGCUAGGGCUGUUUUCUUCCUCAAUCCUGAUUCUGAUGCUGAUGAUUUGUCUAUGUCAGCAAAAUCACAAAUAGCAGUCGCUCGUUCAGCGAUAACAAAUGCUUUAUAUCGUUAUAUGGUACAGAAAAGGGGUGCUGCGGAAGCUGCUGACAAAUUUGGAAAAUUGAUGGUAUGUUGUUUACUUUGUUUGUGGUAA